GAUGAACACACUCAACAACAUCAAGAACUUCUGGUUGACGUUGAACGGACCCUGAAAGAUGUGCUCGAAAGAGAGGAUGUCGACAGAAACCAGCAGAUCACAAUCGAGGACAAUGGUCCCAAGCACAUCAGUUUGGGCACUUUUGCUUCUGCAGGUUACCGUACCACCGAGAUCCGUGGAAACUACAUGAUCAGCAAUCUCCUACAAGAGUUGACCCUGGCACAAGAUCUAGGCAAGAAAGUCGUCAAGAUCCACCGUUCUCGUCUCAGUGAGAAUCCCGUAGACCGACUUUCGCGCCGUAUCAGAGACGAGUUCUGGAACAACUUGACACGAACCCUUGACGCUGCCACCAUCGAAAAAGCCGGGCGGGAUCCCAAAGAUUGGACGUCCGACCCACGGCCUCGCAUCUAUAUCCCUCGUGGUGUUCCUGAGCAACAUGAUUAUUACACUCAAGUGGCCAAGGAUCGUCCUGAAUUGAGACUGGAUGUUCGCUGGCUACCAGAAGGUCCAAUGACAGCGCAAUAUGUUCGAAGCUUGAACAACGCGCCUGGCAUCCUGGCUCUGGCCAUGAAGAAAUCGACCGACAAGAAUAGGCAAGAAACACUCAAAGGAGAACCUUUUAUUGUGCCUGGAGGGAGGUUCAACGAGUUGUAUGGCUGGGACAGUUACAUGGAGUCGAUUGGGUUGCUCGAGAACGGUAAGGUAGACAUGGCCAGAUCCAUGGUCGUCAACUUCACCUUUUGCAUCCAGCACUACGGCAAGAUCUUGAAUGCCAACCGGUCGUACUACCUCACUCGGUCACAGCCUCCCUUCUUGACCGACAUGGCCCUCAAGGUCUACGAGAAGAUCAAGCACGAGCCUGGUGCUCUGGACUUUUUGCGGAUGGCCCUUUGCGCAGCUAUCAAGGAAUACUAUAGCGUCUGGAUGUCCGCACCUCGCUUGGAUCCUGUUUCAGGCCUAUCACGUUAUCGCCCAGACGGUGCGGGCGUGCCACCGGAGACCGAAGCUUCUCACUUUGUCCACAUCCUCACUCCAUAUGCUAAGAAGCACGGGAUGAGCUUUGAGAAAUUUGUUGAAGCAUACAAUGAGGAGCGUGUGAAUGAGCCUGAUUUGGAUGAGUACUUCCUGCAUGAUCGUGCGGUGCGAGAAUCGGGUCACGACACAUCUUAUCGCCUGGAAGGCUGUGCCGCCAAUCUGGCAACCAUUGAUUUGAACUCUUUGCUGUUCAAAUAUGAAGUCGACAUUUCCUACUGCAUCCAGAAGCACUUUAAGGGACGCUUAAAUAUACCUGAAGACUUCCAGACCGAUGAGAACCGCAAGUCAGGUUUCGAGAACUCGGCACCAUGGGAUCGUCGUGCCAAGUUGCGCAAGGCUCGCAUCGACAAGUAUAUGUGGAAUGAGGCCAAAGGUAUGUUCUUCGACUACGAUACCGUCAACAAGAAGCGCACCGACUACGAGACUGCUACCACUUUCUGGGCCAUGUGGGCAGGGCUUGCUACUCCGAAACAGGCUGCCGCUCUGGUUCUCAAUGCACUGCCCAAGUUUGACUGCUUUGGGGGUCUUGUGUCGGGAACGGAAGCAUCGCGCGGAGAGGUGGGACUCGAUCGCCCGAAUCGACAAUGGGACUAUCCGUUUGGCUGGGCACCUCAGCAAAUACUGGCGUGGGGUGGUUUUCUCAAGUAUGGGUACAUCGAAGAUGCACAGCGACUUGCGUAUAAAUGGUUGUACAUGGUCACGAAAGCGUUCGUCGACUUCAACGGGGUGGUGGUUGAAAAGUACAAUGUGACGCGGGAGCUUGAUCCGCACAAAGUCGAGGCAGAGUAUGGCAACCAAGGUUCCGACUUCAAAGGCGUUCCUCGCGAAGGCUUUGGUUGGGUCAACGCCAGCUACGUGUAUGGCUUGUCAUUCAUUCCCAUCCACAUGAAACGCGCUCUCGGCACACUUACGCCAUAUGACACAUUCGCGAGAGCCACCCAAAUCAACCUGUCCGCGGUCAACGAAUCAGCCGAUGACACCAUUCAAGAAGAAGGCUCUGACGAGUCCCGACCUGACUCGUCAGACGAGGCUGAUGCUGCAGUGAUUUCCGACAACAACGCAUCGGACAACAAGGAGUGA